ACAAAUGACUCUAAUGCAUAUCUGGUUGAAAUUUUGAACACGUGAGGAAAGUUUUGUAGAGUUGUCAAAAUGGAAGACGACCCAAAACAGGGCCUUCUGAGUGGUUCUAAAGGGUCCUCAUCUGGGAAUGCCGGUGUUCUCUACCAUGACAGUUCUCACUCUCCCAGAUCAAAAACUUUGCAGUUGCUCUUUGUCAGUACGGUUGUGUUAAUGGUAGUGAUCACACUGUCCCUAAGCAUUUAUCGUGGAGUAAUUCUGGGACAGUAUGGAGGGCUUUACUUCAUGCUGGGGAUUUGUCUAAUUGGCUUUGUGGCUGUAGAAAUCGUUCUGGUUGCAUUGAUCCGCAGUGGGGAGUUACCUAAGGAAAAAUUGUGGUUUCUCUAUUUCAUGGGCAUAUGCAUUAUGUUAGAGGCAGUGUUUACAAAUAUUUUGCUAUUUAGGUAAUAUCAACAAUUCCAACUGAGAUGGCUAAAUUGCUGUAAUAACAUUUUUUCUUAUGCACAGUAAACUGGGUCCUUUGAUUUAGGUAAUAAGACCUAAACAGCAAGAAAUUGUAUGUUUUCAUGCUAUGGGAGAGUUUGAAUUACCAGUGCGGUCUUUAAAUUCAAUUGUGCAAUAACUUUAUUCUGGAAAUUGUAUAUACAUGUGCUCAGACAGGUUAUUGAAGAGUACAUUUAAUAUAUAACAGUAAAUUCAUUUUUGUGUAUUUGAACAGUUUAGGAGUAUUAGAACCUUCAUUAAGUUUGUAAAGUGGGUAAAUUACAUAAUCUGUGCCAAAUACUCUGUUUAUGAAAUUCUACAGUUAACUUUACAUGUCAUUGUGUACAUUUUUUAUUUUGGAAAGAGACUUGUCAACCUCAUGUUAAACUAAGCUGUUGUGGUGGAAGCGGUAUCACAUGUAUCUUGAAGUGUACAUGGGUUACAAGAUGGUUCCUAGGAUACUCAAAAUCGUUGCUCGGACAACACACACACAGCAUUUGUAUAGUGACCAGUCUAAUAAGCCUUAACAUAUUAAGUUGUGGAGGAAACUUGAUUCUUAAAUGAUGUUCUUCUUUCCCAUGUUAAAGCCUGAUUGGGUUGUGUAAAAAUUCAUCUUUUUUUGUUAGUUUUUUCAGAUUGUUUUUAUAUUCAUAUGACUUGUUUGAGAAUCCCAACAUUUGUUUAGAAUGACCUUCAUCAUUUAUGGAUAUGUUUUGUAAUAAAACUUGAAUAAAGCAAAAA